AUUUUCUAUAAUCUGUGCAACUUGCGGACGAAUCUGAUGUGGUGGACCCGCUAUUUACGUUAAAAAUUCUCAAUAUUAUUUCCCACGCGUAACAAACCUUUUAUUUUUCUAAUUUAUUUCAAAUAAUCAACAAAAUUGCUUCCACAAUGACUGUAACGCGGGUGGCGGAGUCCCGCACCGAGUUUAAAUUAAAAAGCCUGCCCGAGGACGCUAUAUCUAGCGUUAAAUUUGCUCCAAAAUCAAACCAAUUCCUACUUGUCUCUUCGUGGGAUUGUUCAGUCAGGCUGUACGAUGUCACCGCGAACAUAGAAAGGCAUAAAUACAGUCAUGAAUUACCUGUACUGGAUGUUUGUUUUCGGGAUGCUGUACAUUCCUACAGUGGAGGGUUAGACCAAACUCUAAAAAUGUAUGAUCUAAAUGCAAGUUCAGAGACAGCUCUUGGGGAGCACAAAGGUGCUAUCCGUUGUGUGGAGUUUGCAUCGGAAGUGAAUGCGGUGCUCACGGGCAGUUGGGACGGGACGGUCAAGAUGUGGGACAGCAGAGUGCCAAACUGUGUUGGGACUUACAAUCAGGGGAAUGAGAGGGUAUACACAAUGAGCAUAGUUGGCGAGAAGUUUGUAGUGGGCACAUCAGGACGUAAGAUUUUUGUAUGGGAUGUUCGUAACAUGGGCCAUGUGAACCAGCGGCGCGACUCCUCACUCAAGUACCAGACACGGUGCAUACGAGUGUUUCCCAACAAGCAGGGGUAUGUGCUGAGUUCCAUCGAAGGCCGAGUGGCUGUGGAGUACCUGGACAUCAACCCUGAAGUGCAGAAGAAGAAAUAUGCAUUCAAAUGUCAUAGGAUUAAGGAAGGAGGUCUAGAAAAAAUCUACCCAGUAAAUGCAAUAAGCUUCCACUCAGUAUACAACACAUUCGCAACGGGUGGGUCCGAUGGGUAUGUCAACAUCUGGGACGGAUUUAACAAGAAGCGCGUCUCCUGCCAGUUCCACCGUUUAUAACAGCGGAGUGGUGUGUCCUCCCUCAGCUUCUCUCACGACGGCUCCGCGCUCGCCAUAGCCUGCUCGCAACUAGACGAGACGCAAUUAGAAGAUCCGAAGCCAGAAGACACAAUAUACAUAAGAUAUGUGACAGAUCAGGAGACAAAACCCAAAUGAGUGGACACAUUGCUUGGUAUAAGUUAUGGCGAUUACGAUUUUAGUAAUUUAUUUUCUGUAAAAUUCUUGAUUAAGGCCAUUUUGACGAUUGUUAUAGUUCAAUUAAUAAUUAUUUGAUUCGAUUCGCGGUUUUGAUGUGUUUGGUGCCUGUUUGGAUAUUUGUGGAUUACUUUCAAUCGGCCUUAAUAUAAUGAAAGUUAUCUGCUCUUAAAUUGUAGAUGUUAUCUUUGUUUUUGUGAUUUUUAUUUGAAAAGUAUGUAAGUUGCCUGGUAUGCUAAUAAAUGUGGGAUGGAUAUAAAAAACCUCUGCCUGCGGGAAUCCUUAUACAGACAUGAAAGUUAUUCUUCAAGACAAUAUUAAUUCUUUUGAUUUGGGCAAGUAAAUAUAUAAUUGGAAUUAGAUUAAAGGCAACAAUAUAAUGUACCUAAAUAGUGCCUUAUCAACUGUUAUUAGGGCAAUGUUAUUAUAUUUUACAGUAAGAAUAUUAGAAAUUUCAAAAUACAUUUGCUUGUCCUAUAAAGAUUGAUGUUAUAAUUAAUUUUAAUUAUUUUUCAUAAAUAUGUGACAUGCAUGGAUUGAUGGAAACCAAAGUAGCAAAUGAGUCAUCAUUAUUUAUUUUAAUUCUACGGAAUUGAACUAAUUCCAAAUAUCUCCAAAAAUAUAAUCGAUAUGAAAAAAAAAAACCUUUCAAUUAAGUACAUUUAAUUACGUCAUGUCAGAUGUAAAUAAUAUUUUCUUUGAUACAAGCCAUAACUAACUACCAAGCAAUCGUAAGUUUAAGUUAGGUAUUUACGUAAUAAUAAACUAAUUAAGAUUA